AUGGAAAGACAUUUUAGUAAGAAAGAUGUGUCGAAGAGUAGUGCUGGAACUAAAGAGAAUCGGGUCGCUGAUCUAGGACUUGUAAAGCCAACUGAUGAGUUCCAUCAUGAUAAUAGGGAUGAUGCUAAAACAGCAUAUCUACAAAUGGGUCCAUGCAAACCAUUUGGUCAUAAGGUUCCACAGGGUAAAAGUCAAACAAGAGGCUUUGUUGAAUCAUGGCUUGGUCAAUUUGAUUGGUUACAGUACAAUAUUGACAAGGAUGCAGCUUAUUGUUUUUAUUGCUAUCUAUGUAAGCCACAAAAAACCAGUAAUGUUGGUAAUGCUACAUUCACCAAAGUAGGGUUUAAGAAUUGGAAGAAUACAAAUGAUGCUUUCAAGGAGCACGCUCAAGCAAUUGAUUGUUUUCGUAGUAAUGCAAGAAAGGGCGCCCUUCAUUUCAAUAAUCAGAGGAAAAGUGUACAGCAUGUGUGGACUGUGACAAGUGCGGCAGAUGAAGAGGCAUAUAAAGCUCGUUUAACUACCAUGUUAGAGAUGCUUGAAUGGUACAGAAAGAAGGAUUCUAAAGCUGCACUUGUGACUGGUGAAAAUGCUCCUGGGAAUAAUCAAAUGAGUUGCCCAAUAGUUCAGAAAGAUUUAGUUAGAGCUUGUGCAGAGGAGACAAGUGAGAUUGUCUGUGAGUUAAACAAUAGAUUUCCUGAAAGAUCAACUCAACUAUUGAGACGUGUUGCUUGUCUUGAUCCGGGGGAUUCGUUCGCCAACUUUGAGGUAGAUAAGUUAUUUGAGCUUGCUAAGAUUUAUGUCGAUGACUUAUCAGAUUAUGACUGCUUGAGGCUUUUGGAUGAACUUCCUAUAUUCAUUGAUGAAGUUAGAAAUGAUAAUGAUUUCUCAACUUGUAUUGAUCUUGGAAACCUUACUGAGAAGAUGGUUCAAACUGAUAGAUAUACACAUUUUCCUUUGGUGUGUCAUCUCAUUGAACUUGCAUUGACUAUCAUAAGGACUGAACGGAGAAAUAAAGUAAAUGAUGAUUGGUUGAAUAGUAGCAUGAUAAGUAUUCAACAGGAUUUAUUUGCAUCAGUUGAAGAUGAAAAAAUUCUAAAGCGUUUUCAAGACUUAAAAUUGAGGAUGGCAGCUAAAAUGGAGUGGAGUGUGAAGACAUGUUAUGUUCAGUUUCCUGAUUCUACAUUCAUGGAGAACCCAAAGUCUCUGUUCAACCAAUGCGCAUAUACAAAUGUGCCAAGAGGACCAAGACUAUAA